AUGACGAGUCCGCUUGACUCAGCUAUGUUACGGUCCUCCUCGCCACGUGAAGUCGCUGAAUAUCUACGACAAGCGCUCAACAACUCCUCUAAUGCAGAAAUUACACGCCAGCUCAUCUCCCUCGUCGAGAUCGGCUCCCAUCCGCCCUCAAUUCUCCAGAUAUGGCUCAGCAUCUCGCCCUCGCAUUCCACCCUCCAACAAACAUUGAAGCAAAAGGCAUCGAUCGAGGUCCGCGGAUUAGCGAUCAAACACCUUCAGAAAAUGCUCACCUCUUCGCAAUGGCAGGAGACAUGGGAUGGGCUUGGCGGCGUGCCAGGUUUGCUUGACAUAUUCCACGACCUUUCGGUUCGAGAAGUCAGGGGAGCUUGUCUGGCAAUCGGAUUCAGCGCCAGAGGUGGCGAUGUGGAUAGGAAAAGAGCCGUGUUCACUGAGCUGUUCAAAUCACUGCUUCCACGCCUCUUUCCGGACGCCUCUCUCAAAACUUCGGAUCAUCGACCACUACUGAAACAUUACCAGCGCCUUGUACUUGGGUGUACCGAAGAUGUAGUCUCUAGCGUCCUCGAUGGUAUCGCUGACGUAAAGUGGACCCGCCUUCGCCGUAAUGCCAUCAUGCAGUAUCAUGCCGACACUCUACGAAAACUUGCACUCCGUUACGUCUUCGAAGGUUAUCCCUCCGGAGAAAAAUGGCUGUCCCCUCUUCUGUCGGGUUUUCCUCCAGAGACGACAUCUGAACCUGGAGUCUCAACCUCUAUGGCAUUUUCGUUACAAGUUCUACGAAGGCUGGCGCGGGAAGAGCCAGACAAACUCUCGGAUGAAUACUUCCUUAACAGCCUAGUCGAGCCACUUUUGACGCGAGCUGUAAGAAAAAGGGUGGACUGGGUAAAGAUACAAGAGAUCGUUGAUCUGACGUUACCUUAUCUGGAGAGACAUUCCGGUAUGGCCAGGAAACUCCAUCGUCAUCACCAUGGGCUCCUCCACUUGGUUGCGCUCUGCUGGUCGCGCAGAUCCGAGAUGUUCGAGAGCCAGUUUGGUUUUCUUCUCUCCUAUAGCCACGAAGGCAUGGAGAACGUGGGGAUCGGACGGUUUAAGCCCUUGAUGGAGGGUGUUCCCAAGUCGAGACGUUAUACGCUGUUAAGGUUCUGCAUGCAGGUUGUUAGCGGUCGAGACUUGGAUGUCGAGGCCGACUUCCAAGGAAUGAACAGAACACUGACGUGCAGCUUGCUGGGGAAGCUACCCGCCCAGGACGCUCUUGGCUUGUUUACUCGCAUGCGGAAAACAAACGGCGAUGUCAACCUUGUUUGGAAGCGCUAUGAUCAUGUUACAGUUCUAGACGAUGGUCCUACACCCGACAGCGCUAGUGGCGAUCCGGACAUGUUUCAGACUGUUCUUCUGCAGAGGAGCGGCCAUCAGAAGGCAGCUGAAGAUAUCGCCGAACGACUUGGCCAAGCUCGGAGAAAAUCGGCAAUGUCGAGCCCAUCACCGGAGCAGCGAGCAUUUUUUGCCCGGACUGCACUGCAUUAUGCCAUUGCUAGCGGAUCCUUGAAGUUGUGCAAGGAAGCUUUUGAAUGGGCGCGUCGGUUCAAACGGGACCCUCUCACCGCGAAGGAGCUCCACCAUUUCUACCCUCAGGAACUCACGACACUCCUUUCUGGCAUUCCUGAAGUAAUUGAGCCAGGUAUAGCAUCCUCGGAACUUCGUCAACGCGUCAAGGCUGCGAAUCAAAUCAUGGAGGAACUGUUCGACACGUUGUGUUCAGCCUUGCGUGAGCCCUCCUUCUCCGUGGGCAAUUGGAGCGGCUGUAUUAGGCUUUUCUUUUCAGUGGUGCAGGAGCGUAUUCGACGCUCGUCUCAGCUAAAAUCGUUUCUAAACCUAUCUGACGCACAAUUAUACGACAUCCUCUGGGACGACACAGGAACGAUGCUUGUGGCAGUGGAGGAGAAAGCACUGGCACCUGGUCACGAGCGAUUGUUGGGGCAGUCCGUCGGAGGGAUCCUGGGUUAUUACCAAUCUCUUCCAACUACUCUCAAAGCGGAGGAACCGUCCACCUAUCAUUUCUUCGAUGAGCUAGCAAAGGCACGGGACGACCUCUGGUGCAAGUAUCGCAGAACUAUUCAUCCGGCAAUUACAACCUUACAUGAACCCUUUCCACGCGGACUCCCUGUUCAGCAUCUCAUCGAACCAUACAUUUUGGAUAACCCGGCUCUGGAGUCUCAAGCGCCUUAUAUUGCAUCUCGCGUGAAGGCAGCCGUAUUCCCUCAUCCGGCCCUUGCCCUUAGUCCUAUUCCCAAAGAUGAAGAAACCCAGGCUGCCAUUGGGAGGUUUAUUGAUGAUUACGCUUCUGCUUUGAGGAUGCUCGUUCCAACGACACUAGAGGACGACGAGAGAAAGGACCGAAUCGAGCGGGCAUGGGCUCACGCAACCGGUCCGCUGAGCGAAACCCGUAUGAGCGCAGAGGAAGCAGUCCGUUAUUGGCAGAAGACGGAACUCACGCAAGGCCGGUACAUUCACUUUGGGCCACUCAAACCUCCAGCCGAGGAUGAACCUGAAGAAUGGCGUCUGCUUCCAAAUGCCGACAAUCCAGCCGAAGUCGAGGAAUGGAACCCCCUGCCACCUCCAAAACCCGCAAUUAAGCCAAGGGAACUGGAGACGCUGACCUAUAUCGAUGUUUCCAAACACAUAGGUACGAAGUCCGCAUACGGCAAGAUCACAGUUCGUUCCACACUGGAACUGUACCCAGCUGUGAUUCCGGCGCCAGAAAUCCAGAUAGACUGCAUAUGGUCUUGGCAACAAAACGAACGAGCGAAAGGACACCCUGCAAUGCGAGAAGGCCAGAUCAUAUCCGCACUGCUCUUUCUGGAUACUUUCAACUCGUCUAAAAUGCGUAUCUUGUCCAAGCCAUUCCCUUCGGAGGAAGACGCUCGAUAUCCUUCGGUCUAUCUCGAUGAGCAGUUCCUGUCGAAGGCACUCCGUGCUCACAUCAAGCAUGUGCCCACGCCUGUACUGGCGCAGGUCGCGGAUAAUACCAUGAAAACUCUCGAGGUCGCAGAUCCUAAGGCUACGACCUUCGCCGAGCUCGAGCGACUGGCGUUUAUGCUUAUUGAGCUUCUUGCUCAGAGUGAUAGGCCGGGGCUUGCUUCAGAGCUGGCAAUUCGCGCCGUAAUACAACGACCGGACUCUAGCUCCUGGCAUCGGCGACUCCUCUCCCGCGGCUUCUUCCAGCAGCUUCCAGAAUCGGACGCACAUGCCUGCAUUUCUGCCUUCGCAAAUGCUAUUAUCGAAAGAAUGGAGGAGCAAGCCAAGGCAAAGGACGCGCCCAGGCCGGUAGCUGCUAACGCCGAAGCGGCUUCGCCGCCAGCGGAGAGUACCUCGGAAGCGAAUGGGCUGCCUUUCAUCAAGAUCACUACCGUCAAACUUCUAGCUCAGCUUCUUAAUAGCGCGGAUUACGUUCCGGAAGAGGUCGCACUAUCCACUCUAUCUAAGCUAAUUGAGAAAGCUUCCCACGUCGAUAUCCGGUACGCUGUCGUGGAAAGUCUCCUCAACAUGCUUAUAUCAGCUCCGCCGGAGCUCACUGAGAGGAUUCUCGCGGCACUCAAAACCGUAGUACCCAUUGCAGGCAAUCUGCGUGAACGCCAACCAAUAUCUGAAGCUGACUGGACUCGCGCCACCGAAACGCUCGAGCUCCCUGAACUCGAUCCCGCGCACUCUGCAGAGACUCACGCCCCCAUACUGACCUCGCUCAUCGCAUUCUUGAGGCGCCAACCAGAAGAAGCGCCAGACUUUCCUCACCGCGCCGCGUACAUGGAGCGAGUUAUUCUGCCCACCGUUACCGGCCUAAAGAAGCAGGUCGGUAGAUGGAAUUCCCUCUUCCUGCGCAAAUUCGGCAUCGACGUCGCCGCUCAAAGCGAGCUUAAGGUUCCUCUCAUGCCCCGCGAGAAGGACAUUUUGCAGGACCUCCUGGCAGCCGGUUCUUCUCAUCUCCCGCUGUCCCUGCUAGAGGAAUACGUUGCGUACGUGACCUUUACCGUCGCGCCUCCACCUCCCAUCCGGACCCUGAAUAAGAAACUCCAAGACGACUCUAAAUUAAGUAGCCAGUCCGACGUACGGGCAUGGCUCUCCCGCUAUGGCAUGGGCCCCGCAAUAAUUGCCGACAGCCACACUAUGAGCCUCACCACCCUCCUGCGUCACUCUUCGCAACUCAAAGGCCAAAUUACUCCGAAAGCCGUCCAAGCACAGUUUCUCACACUCUAUACAGCCGUGCUCUGGAACGACGACGAGAAUUUCUACUGCCUUGACAAGCUCACGCGCCCACUCUGGCCUUUCUCCACGCGUGAUAAGAUCGACAAGGAGUGGGCUGAGUACUACAAACCCAUCGUCGAGGCCAUGGUUCUAUACGUAGAAGGCAUACGCACAAGAGACUGGGAGCGCGAUCCAGGGCGCAGGCCGAAAGUGCUGCCAGAUACAUUCGAGUACCGGAUGUGGCUUCUCCAAUACGCUGCUCAGCACUCCUCUUCCUCGGAGGACCCCGAAGCGCACAGCAAGGCCUUCUCAGAGCGCGUCUCGAAGGUCGUCGAGCAGAUUUCCGGCUCCAUGUACCACAAGAAGUUUGCCCGGCUCAAGGAGGCAUUGGAAUACGUACAGGGCGAUGAUCGAGUGCGCGUGGCGUGCUCUUUAGGAGAUAUUAGUAAGACGCGGUUGAGUUGGCUGACCAAACUGGAUCAUUUGAGGGUGGAGCUUGCGGCUGAGAUGCUCAUGGGACUCAGAGAUGAGAUGGAGGAUAUGGAGCUGAAGAAGAGGGUGGAAACGUUGAGGUUGUCUUGGCAGAAAGCUGAGAGUGAGGAGGUAAGAAGGUUGGGAUUUAGGUUGGGUGCCUAUGCUACUUGGUUAGCGUAGGAGGGAGUAGAAUGCUGCCCAUGUACAUGCUGCACUCGCAAUCUCAACUCAGAAAGGUGAACGAGAGGAUACUGUCCGCUUUGAAAGAGAUGGAGCUACCUAGGAGAUUAAAUUCUCUGGAUUACUCGCGCAGACAGCUAAGUCAGUGUCCGUCUAAUUCGCCACACACCCAUAUGAACAUAUGCUACCGCUGUCACCUCCAUCAUUUACUUGCUCUGUGCAAGGAACGCCUGCACUC